GUAAAGUACGUACUUGGUCGGUUCGAGCGAGAUGUGGAAAGAUCACAAAAAGCUGAUAUGGCACCAGCUUUUUCAAAAUUGAGUGAUCCCUUGCGACAGUUAAUUUGGGUAUUUCUAAUUUUGUUGUCUUUGAUGUUGUUGGUACAUGAUUGUGAAGCGGAAAAACCAUCGGAGUUUCUUUGCGGCGACGCUCUGGACAUUAUGCUAUUCAGCGUUUGCAAGAAUGGCUUUAAUAAAAAAAACUUGGAUGGUCCAAUAGGUUAUCUGCGCAGUCGCAGGCACGCAGAUCAAUUCCUGUUACCACGAAAAUUCACGACACAAUUCCAAAGGGGGGCAUCAGUAGCACUUAGGAAAGGGAACCGUCUUCCAAGUCUGAAGCAGUUGCUGAAGGAGGAGGCGCGAUGGCGUCGAAAACAUCGAAUCACUGGGAAGCGCUUGCGGCGGGAUUUUACCCAUACCCCUGGCAUAGCGGAUGAGUGCUGCAGCUUCGGCUGCUCCUACUCCGACAUCGCUAGAUAUUGCACGGGGCUAGUCUAAGCCGACCAGUGGUCACAGCCAUGGCUGAUGGUAAAACACAAAAUAUUAUUCUAGUUUUAAUGAAGCUGCGAGGACUUGCGCAGAAGCAGGAAACUGUAUUACAUCAAAAUUAAAUUUUCCAAA